AUGGAACUUAGAGAGCCUUUUCGAAGUAACACAAAGAAUUUAGGUGAUGCAAUGGCCUUAAUGAAUUUGAAAAGAUGUGUUGCUGAAAAACUACAAAAGUAUACAGUUCAAAACUUUAACACAGAAGAAAAAGCAACUUUUAUACUUUUAAGAACAGAUAUUGGAUCAAAUAAUACAUAUGAUAAUACACCUGAUAUUGAUGGUGUUGUAAGCUUUAUUAUUAAUAUCAAUAAUAAACUUUUUAAUGAUCUCAAUCCUGAAGUUAUUAAUAUAAACCAGAUCGAUUUUCUACAUUACCUAGCUAAGAAGAACCAAAAUAACUUCAAGAGUCUCUUUAUGUCAAUUCUAAAAGAAAUUUCUGGAUUUUACAAAGAAGCUCCUUCAUUUUUUACUUCUUUGAGAGAUAAAAUACCCGAAUUAAACCAAUAUAUAACUCAAAGCCGAGAGAUGAUCCAGCUAUUCUUAUACAAAUGUUUCAGAUUUGUUGAAGAUUCUCAAUAUAUCUCAAUCAGUAAAGGAAUUUCCAAGAAGGAAUCGACAUUAGAAGAAAGUGCAAGUGCAAAGAUGUUCAUUAUAAAGAUAUUACCUCGUACUUCUGCUGAUCAAAUGACAAGAGAGUUUUUACGAUUCAAAAUAUCAGAUCUACUUACAGAUAAUAACAUCACGAUGCCGCAGCAUUUUACAGAAGACGUUUUACUAGCUCCUGCUGCUCCAGGAGUCACACAAUGUUUUAUUUCAUCAAAUUGCGAAAGAAUUCUUUUGUCAAAUGGUGGAAAUAUAACAACAUUGCUUAGUGAACUUGGGAAAGACCUCAGAACUGGAUUUAUGUGCGAUUGUAUAAGAUGGGCAUUAAAUUCUUCGAAUUUUGAGGAUUCUAAGGCAUUAGCUGCAUUUAUUCUCAAUAUGCUUCAAAGGUCAGACAAUAAUAUUGAAGUUUUGAGCAUUAUGAUCUCAUUAUCUCUUGAAUUUCUCACAUUUCAAGCAGGAAACCACCAGGAUGACGUAAUCUGUCAUUCAAUGCUUCGAGUACUUAAAGCAUCGAAAAACCUGAACCAAAGCAGCUUCCUAGACUUCAUAGAAUCGAUUACAUUAGAUAAUCCGAAAUUUUCUGAGGGAUUAUCUCAAGCUCAGCUUCUUGUCAACAAGAAAUUCAAGUUUAAGAACUUAGUUCUACCAGAACCAUCUGCACAAGCCGUUCAAAUCGAUGUUAAAAAAGAAUUAAGUAUUAUUCAGAACAAACUGAAGUGGAACCGCCAUUCGCUUGAUCUUUCCGGACUUGUAACCCAAUUGGAGCCAUUUCUUGGUAAACUCCAGUUCAACCUCCCUCCAAAUAAUGAUGAUGAAAAUUUAAACCUUAUUUUAUCAUCAGACAUCAGAAUAAUUACCCAAUUAUCCAUAGCAUAUCCGAACCUGUUACGAUACUACAUUAUUUUCAAUCCUUCCAACACUAAUGAGAUAAUUGAAAUAAUGAAGCAGAUGAUUGACGAAAAAUCCAAAAUUGUUGUAGGAAUUAUAUCGACAAUGAUACCCUUCGUACCAGAAAUAGUCGAUGUCAUACCAGGAAUCGCGAAUUUGCUCGAACAAAAAUGUGAUUUAUCCGAAAUCAUAAAAAUUUCGAGUCAUCACUGCACGAUUGAAGAGAUUGGACGAAUGAUGGCUGUUCCAUUCUUUUCUCCGCCUGGAGAGAGGACCGUACAACUGUUUAAAGCCUCUUCUGAAUGGCACAGAGUUGCACAAACUGGAUUUUGGGCAAUUACGAGUUUGGCGAUGGAUGUAAAUCACAAGAAUUACAUUUUCAGUGCGAUAUUGGAAUCUGCCAUUCACUUCACUAAUAUAGGAAGAGUCUGUGUCGCUCAGAUUUUCUCUGCUUCACAAGCUUCACAAGAGAAUUUCAAAAUUGUCGCUCAUUUAGCAAAUAAAAGUGACAGUUGGAGAAUGAUUUGUAUGAAAAUCAUAAAGAACUGGGCUUCGUGGGAUUCAAAGGCACUCACUAAGAGUAUCCAACAAGAAAAGGAUUCAACAAUUAUCAUUAAAACUAUUUUGGAAGCAGAUAAGGAAUUGUCAUCAAAAUUAUCCUCUCUAUUUGGUUUGGCAUAG